GCGCAUGCGGAGUCCGCUUGAGUAGAGACGAGGCUCCUUGGUCUCUGUAGUUUAGGACCUCCUUCUCACUGCGUUUAACCGGAAGUCGAUUAAAAAAACCGUAAACUUUUAUGUUUUGGUUUGAGAAGGUACCGCGUGUAAAGAGCUCCAUCGCGUUUAUUGGCAAGCUUAUCACUGGUCCUUAUCAUUCGAAAGGGAAAGAGUUAUUAUGUUCAAACGGACAGCGAGCGCGGUGAACUCCUGUUUUGUUUUAGAGUUCUAAAGCGCCAGCGUUUUAUUUUUUAAUUUUUAUAUAAUCUCCAAAUUCAGGAUGUGUGGGUGAACCCGAACAUAUUUUAUUUAAAAAAACGCAGAAUGAACUCUCUCGCUUAAGAUUACAGAGGUCGUCAAAGCUAAAUGUGUACAAUUUUUCCCAAAACGCAGCAGUUGCCUUCACGGACCCUCUCCGUACCUUCCUUUUGUCCGCAUGAAAUGGUUCUCGUGAAAUGACAGACAACGGUGGAGGUGCUGGAGGCUUCCAUCAACCAGCAGUAUGGAUCGUCUUGUCGUUAAGAGGUUCAGAGAGAAACUGGAGAACCUCUCCAUCUCAGAUUAUCAGGGUCUGGACAGUCCUGGUCUCACAUGCUACUUAAACUGCGUACUUCAGGUGCUCUUCUGGACCGAAGAGUUUCGGGAAGCUGUGAAAAGAUGCAGUGGGAAUAAUUCAACAAGCAUUGAUCCACUUCUGAAGGAGCUUUUUGAAAACUUGGAGAAAAAGAGGCCCCAAACGCACAAAAUCACCAAAAUACUGGGCAUCAGAGAUGUCUAUGAGCAAAGAGAUGCUGCAGAGUACUUUGAAAAGAUCCUGUGUCACACCAGUCCAGAGGCUUCCAAGAUAUUUAAAGGAGAGCUGAAUCAUAAGACCACAUGCCACGGGUGCAAAAAUUCCAGUGAUUCUAAAAGCUUCUUUUGGAUUCUGCCGCUUGCCGUCAAAGAUUACAACCAUAAAACCUACAACGUGCAGCAAGGACUGGAGGGUUUCUUCAAGGUGCAAAAAGUGUCUGGAGAGAACCAACUUUACUGCAACAGCUGCAACCAAAAACAGGAUGCAGACCUGGAAUGUGAGGUGACACAAAGCCCUGAAGCUCUGACCCUCCUUCUGAAGAGAUUCACCUUUGACAGCAAGCACAAGUGUUACGUCAAGCUGCAGUGCACAGCUGAUGUGGCUCAAACUGUAGACAUCGCGAAUUGCAGGUAUGACCUCUAUGCUGUGGUUGAUCAUUUUGGUGAUCUGACUGGAGGUCACUACACCGCAGAUAUUAAAUCCUUUGAAACUGGCAGCUGGUAUUGUUUCAAUGACCGCAGCGUUAAAAAUGUUGACUCUAAAUAUUUUAUAAAUGGAGAAAACACAUUAAGGUCCCAUACAGCUUACCUCCUGAUGUACAUGAAGGCAAGUGGAUGUCCAUACAUGACUGAUGAUGGUGACCCAAGAACUGAUGAAGGAUGGGAGAGAGAUGAACAGACUUUUGCUAAUUUUCCUCCAUUGAGCAGUGGAAGUUGCAGUGGUGGAGAUGACCAUCUCUUAAAAGAGGAACAGUUCAACCAGGGAGCAGCAAUGGGGAUGCAACAUCCUGACAUCAAUCAGAGAGGAGCAGAAGCAGAGUCCAUUGGUCUCAUCACUGACAGACUUCAUGCAGAACGCCACUUUGAAACAAACAGGAAGGGUCAAAUUCAAAAAGGGGUCAUUAGGAACGUCGAACCAGAGACGUAUGUACCUGUGUGCAGCCCUGCAAGAGCUAGAAAGCAUCCUGCACCACCUGCAUUCACAAGCAACCACAGGGAAGCUACGACCGCUUUUAAAAGUAAAGGAAAAGCUGUAAAACCACAGACUUAUUUCAACAGUAUGAAUCUGAAUCCUUCAGUUUCCCCUACAAAAAGACGCUCCAACAGCGUCUACGCCAUCACCCAUCCAACCGAGAGCCGUGGCUCACCAGAUGUGGACAGAAGGUCCCGCAGCUCAAACAGAAAUCAGGAGAAAACACAGCGGGCUGUUUCUGCUAACAGCCGACUGGAGAGGAGGCAGAGGACACCUAAAGAGCCCUGGAAGUGAUGACGCUCUACAGAGGAGUUUUUAUAGAGGGAAAUGGUAAACAGCGACUUUUAUCACAUGUGUUUUUAUAGCUUACAGAAAAAAAAAUUUCCAUCCCUUUUUAUUAGUAAAAAUGUGACUCUGCAUUUGAUCAUCCUGGAUGUAAGCAGCUUUCAAGUUAGACAGCAACUCACCCCCUAUUUUUCUGACUCCAAAGGAUAUAAUAAAGCUGUCAUUGAGAUG